CCGAAAUGAUCAGCGAGGGGUGGUUGGUUUCGCGGCCCCUCCCCCUGAAUCCUCCGCUGCCUGCCGCACACCAUGUGUCUACCUCGCGUCUGCAGACAAAAGCAUUGAGUUUGCGCAGUGAUGGACGUGUCCGGUCAAACACACGGCGAACACUCUGGAGAGGUGGACGAAGUUUUAAAAGAUGGCAGCGCGACUAUUAAUAAGGAGGAGUCCGGUAAAAGUGGGGGCUCCUGGCCGGAGAGAAUGCGGGUCCGCAUCCCGCCGGAGUACCGCCAGGAGCUGGUACAACUGUGCAAACUCGCGGGACCAGUGAUCAUUUCCCAGAUGAUGGUAUUUAUGAUCAGUUUCGUCAGCACAGUGUUCUGUGGUCACCUGGGAAAAACUGAACUUGCAGGAGUAGCAUUAUCAAUUGCGGUUGUUAACGUAACCGGUAUUUCCAUUGGAACUGGUUUGUCGUUAACCUGCGAUACCCUCAUAUCUCAGACAUAUGGGAGCGGUAACUUGAAGCGCGUGGGUGUGAUUCUCCAGAGGGGGAUUCUGAUUCUGCUGCUGGCCUGUUUCCCCUGCUGGGCAAUCCUCAUCAACACUGAACCUCUCCUACUAGCUGUCAAACAGAGCCCAGAGGUCGCCAGUAUGUCUCAGCUAUAUGUGAAGAUCUUCAUGCCUGCUCUGCCGGCAGCUUUUAUGUACCAGCUGCAGGGGAGGUAUCUUCAAAAUCAGGGAAUUAUAUGGCCUCAGGUUAUAACUGGAGUGAUUGCAAAUGUCCUCAAUGCAAUCAUCAACUACAUCUUCCUCUAUCCUCUGGAUUUGGGUGUUGCUGGAUCUGCAGCUGCUAAUGCCAUCUCUCAGUAUACGCUGGCUGUGGUUUUAUACAUGUACAUAUGCUGGAGAGGUCUGCACAAGGCCACCUGGGGAGGCUGGUCACUCGACUGUCUGCAGGAGUGGGGACCAUUCAUCCAGUUGGCCAUUCCCAGUAUGCUCAUGCUUUGUCUGGAGUGGUGGAUGUUUGAGUUGGGAGGAUUCCUGGCCGGAGUGAUUAGUGAGACUGAGCUGGGAGCUCAGUCAAUAACAUACGAGCUGGCUGUUGUAGCUUACAUGUUCCCACUAGGAUUCUCUGCUGCUGCCAGUGUACGGGUUGGGAAUGCUCUUGGUUCAGGAAACAUAGAGCAGGCCAAGUUAUCAUGCAAAGUCCCCAUCAUCUGUGCAUUCAUUAUUGCAUGUUUUGUUGGAGCUAGUCUCAGCCUGGCCAGAUAUGCCAUUGGAUACAUUUUCACCACAGAGCAAGACAUUUUACAGAGGGUCGCUGACGUCAUGUUUAUAUUUGGUUUCAUGCAUCUUGCUGAUGCCAUUGCGGCUGUGACUGGUGGAGUUCUCAGGGGAGCAGGAAAACAGUUGGUUGGUGCUCUGUGUAACCUGGUGGGAUUCUACUUCAUUGGCUUCCCCAUUGGUGUGUCCCUGAUGUUUGCAGCAAACAUGGGGAUUGUAGGACUAUGGACAGGAUUAACCGUAUGUGUGCUAAUGCAAUCAAUUUUCUUCAUCGCUUUUCUGUGCAAACUUGAUUGGAAGAAGGCUGCUGAUGAGGCUCUUGUGAGAGCAGGAGUCCAGAUCAAAGAAGAAAAAGAGAUGAUGGAAAAUAAAGACCCGACUUACAACCAGGCCCAGGUCAAUACUGCUGCGUCAAGUUGUGAGAGUAAUGAGAAGGCGGACGAGGAUGAGGAAAGUCCAUGCCAGAAUAAAUCCACUACUACUAUAGUGGGAGAUGUUCUCUCAGUAACACAACUUGUUUUACGGCGAGGACUGGCAUUGCUGUUAAUGGUCGUCAUCCUCGUCGCCGGAAUAUUAGCCAACGUCUUCCUCACCAGGCUGCUGAAUUGAGUCCUCUGAUGAUGCAAAGUGGGUAAUCAGAGGAAUGGUUGUCAGGUUGGAUCGCAUUAAGUGCCACCAAACAAUAUUUUUAUGUUAACACUGAGUGAUCAAAACUGGGAGCCACAGUUAGGCCAGAUUUAAACAAAUGAUGCAUGCUGUAAACCACGGUGAGAUUCCUGACGAUUAGUUUCUACCGUUUCAAAUUUUAAUUAUCAUUGAGAUCCCCGUUGAUUACCACGGUAGAUUACCCCAGUAGAUACUGUCCAGCUCAGUUGGCACCAGUCUUAAGACGCAGGCGCAGCAUGCAACGUGGGUUUGUUGUGGAUCCGAGUCGCGCUUGGGAGCAGUUCUUUGUAUUUCACUAUGAUGCUCUGCCAAAUUCUCAUCUGUCCUAAACCAUGCACUCCCCUUGACGUGAGCAGAGAUAAUCAGUCAGUUAUGAGAGAUAUAUGCUGUCAAGGUUCAGGGCAGAACACAAAGUAGAAAAAACACAGGCACAUCUCUGUUUUCUUUUUGAAUUAAAAAUACCGUGAUAAUACUGAAAAAAAAAAAUUUCCCAGGCUGAACCUGCAGGAAGAUGCACGCCGCAUAGUCACUUUUAAUGCUGUGACUUGUUCGUUAGUUUUUUCAGUAAAACAUUGAAGUUACACCUCUGUAUUAAUUAUUUCAGACAUGUUUCAAAUAAAUUCUAUUGGAGUUUGCAAGCAAAGGACAUGCCUGACAGCGUAUUUAUAUGGGUGCAUGUAGUGUUUUACUUGCCAAAAGGGGUGCCCUGCAAAAAACUUUGGGAACAACUGCCUUCUUGUAUAAAACGGCAACAAACGUGUUGUUGCUUAAGGUGCUUCCAUGUGUCUCUCACUUAAAUGCAACACAUUUUUUGUAGCCUUCCACAGAUCUGUGCCUCAACACGAUCCUAUCUCUGAGCUCUGCAGACAGUUCGUUCAACCUCAUUGUUUGCUUGUUGUUCUGAUAUGCUCAGCUGUGACACCUUUAAAAAGACGGAUGUGCCUUUUUUAAUCAUGUCCAAUUCAUUGAAUUUAACCACUUGUGUAGUCUGAUCCAGGUUUAGAAACAUCUCCAAGAUGAUCAGGAGGAAUGGGAGCAGCUCAGCUGGUUUUCAAGUGUCCGUGCAAAGGGUCUGAAUACUUAUGCCAAUGAGAUAUUGAUUUGUAGAUUGAGGAGUAAAGGCUGCUAUGAAACAAAUUGUAAAAAAAAAUUGAAGGAGUGUGAAUACUUUCCGGAUGGACUUUGUGUCAAUAAUCACAGAACUAUUUACCUGUUCAACAUUACUAAUAUCUAUAGUAAUCCUUAUUUUGUCAACAAAGGGUUGUUGCCAGACCAAAACAAAAACUCUGAUAGAAUUCUGACAUAUAAUGCAGGGAUAUAUUGAUCAGUAUGUCCGGCCAGUCGUUGAUGUUUUGGGUUUGCUGGGGAGAUAUGUUAUCUGCUGGGGACUCUUAUCUUAUUAUUACCCUAAUAUCAUUAUUGAUAUUGUAGUACAAUACUGUACGUGUGUGGAUGAUAUUGAAUGAUUUUUGUUCCUGUAUCACUGAUAUCUGGUAUUUAGUAUGCACAUAAAUGGCAUUCAGUGUUCCUUAAAUGUAUUAAUUAGCAACACAUCCAUCACUCAGUGAAUGAGUGUCUUCUACCAAAUACUACAGACUGAAAUCAUCCAAGUGAAAUUCAGUAUUACCAAAGAAGGUGUGUAUGUACAAAAUAUUUUUCUAUAAUGAGUAAUAUUCUUAACAUUUUCAUGUUCACAAUAUAGAUACGUUGUUAAAUGAUUAAUAUAACUGGGUUGUAUGUAUAUGAGCUGUGUACACAAAACCAUUUGAAAUUAAACCUGCUGGGAAUCAUUGUUCCUUUUCGCCUCGGA